CGUCAACCGUGGUCUGGAUGGCGAACCGAGACGAACCGGUAAACGGAAAACACUCAGAACUCUCCCUACAUAAAGAUGGUAAUCUUGUUUUAACAGAUGCCGGUCGAUACAUCAUUUGGUCAACUCAUACAAAAUCAAACUCAUCAUCCAUAAAAUUACAACUUUAUAACUCGGGUAACCUUAUCCUCCACGAACAAGGAAACCCUGUUUGGCAAAGCUUUGAUCAUCCAACAGAUACCCUUCUUCCAAACCAACUAUUUACCAAGAACACACAACUUGUUUCUUCAAGAAGUUCUACAAACUAUUCUUCUGGUUUCUAUAAGCUGUAUUUCGAUACAGACGGCAUCCUUCGGCUUCAUUACAAUAACCACGAAAUGACUACUAUUUACUGGCCUCAUCCCAGUUUAGAUGCUUGGCAAGUUGGGAGGUACCUGUAUUUGUAUAGCCAAAGAGCGAGUCUUGAUUCAGAGGGGCGGUUCCACUCGACGGAUGGGUUGGGAUUCUUGUCUGCCGAUUUCGGAUAUGGGCCGCAACGAAUGAUGAAGAUUGACAUGGAUGGUAAUCUAAGAGUUUAUAGUCUGGUUAAGCAUGGAGCAACAUGGGAAUGGAUGAUUAAAUGGCAAGCUGUUUCUCAUUCUUGCAAGAUUCAUGGUGUUUGUGGACCAAAUAGUCUUUGUACAUACUCUCAACAUUCAGGAAGGACAUGCACCUGUUUACAUGGUUACAAGAUGGUGAAUUCCAAAGACUGGAGUUAUGGAUGCGAACCUGAUUUCAAGACUUGCAGACCCGAAGAGGAAGGUUUCGUUGAGCUUCAAUACGUCGAAUUCUUCGGCUUUGAUAUUCGGUUACAUCGAAACUACACCCUCGAUGCUUGCAAGAACGAUUGCUUAAACGAUUGCGCUUGCAAAGGGUUCCAGUUUGGAUAUCUUGCUGGUUUUAGAGUCUAUUUUUGCUACAUUAAGGCUUUUCUAUAUAAUGGAUACCAAUUGGGCUACCCCCAUCGGAUGUACAUCAAACUGCCAAAGACAUUUGUUUCAUCUUAUAAACAAAAACCCAUGAACAAAUCCAGCUUUCAUUGUUUAGAUCUAACAGUGACACCCAUUAUAAGAUCGUAUGAGAAUAAACCGAAUAACAACAUACUACGAUUCGUGCUCAUAAUCGGAUGUGUAAUUGGGUUUAUCGAGAUCAUCUGCAUUCUGCUUUUCUGGAUCAACACUAGUAAAAGCCCGGUUACAACUGAACAAAGUUAUUCCCUGGCCGUAACACCGUUCAGAAAGUUCACAUACCGCGAGCUGAAGAAGGCGUCGCAUAACUUUAGGGACGAGAUCGGACAAGGUGGCGCUAGCGUUGUGUAUAAAGGAAGAUUAACCGAUAAACGAAUUGCAGCGAUUAAAAAGCUCAAGGGCAUGGCUAGCCACCAAAAUGACAAUGAAUUUCAAGCGGAAAUUAGCACAAUUGGGAGACUAAACCACAUGAAUUUAAUCGAAACAUGGGGUUAUUGUGCUGAAGGACCGCAUAGACUUAUCGUUUACGAGUACAUGGAAAACGGGUCGUUGGCUGAAAAGUUACGUGAGGGGAACCUUGAUUGGGACACCGUUUUUAAUAUAGCUAAAGGUACUGCAAAAGGAUUGGCAUAUUUACAUGAAGAAUGCUUGGAAUGGGUCCUGCAUUGUGAUGUGAAACCACAUAACAUUUUGCUGGAUGGAAACUAUAAUCCUAGAGUAGCUGAUUUCGGGUUUUCGAAACUGUUAGAUAGAGAUGGUACCAAGAAAUCAGGAUUCUCAACAAUUAGAGGGACUCGAGGCUACAUGGCACCUGAAUGGGUGUUCAAACUUCCGAUCACAUCAAAAGUCGAUGUGUUUAGCUACGGAGUGGUGGUUUUGGAGAUGAUUACAGGUCGGGGUCCAGGAGGGAAGAAGCAAGGGACUAGUGAAGAUGUUGAGACCGGGCCUGGGUUGGUAGAGUGGGUGAGAGAUAGGGUGAGAGAUGGUGGUGGAAGUGGUUCGGAAUCUUGGAUUGAUGAUGUCGUAAAUGGUUCAAUAUGCGGCAAGUUUGAUCGGAAGAUGAUGGAAAACCUGGUUAGAAUUGCAUUGAAAUGUGCCGAGGAUGAUAUGCAGGUCCGACCCACAAUGAAUCAAGUGGUUAACAUGCUUCUACAUCCAGAAAAUGGAUAGUAUAUGUAAUUUUACUUUCUAGUGUCUUUUCUAUUUAUCUUUUGUGUACAUCAUACCUAGUUCAAAUGCAUUAGUAGUAGCGUAUUCAACGACCCUCCAUAUUAAUAACCCUAACUGUUGCAUUAUAAUAAAUCAUAUACUCUUCUAGGAGAAACUCAAAUCACUUGCCUUGAGAAAACACAAGAAUAUGUGAAUAUUACAUAAGAUAGAUGUGUAUUUUUCAUUGUCAAAAUAUAAUU